GUAGAAUUAAAAUGUCUCCACCCUUUAAUGAAUUGGCUCGUGUACAGGAAUUCAUUAGUUUUGCUCAUAAACUUGGGGUUGGUUUUGAAGCUGCUUUCAUUAUUUCUUUGAAUGUUAGAGGUUCAGAGUUGUUCAAAUAUGCAAGAGAUAAUUUGUUCAUUGAUCUUGAAGAUGACUUGUCUGUUGCUUGUAGAUUAUGUGACUUUUAUCAAACUGGAGAGGUAUUUGACGAAAAUAUGCCUGAAAUGGAACAAUUUUUCGAUGAUGUUUUUGUUUGUGCACGUUCAUUAAUGGAGUCAACAAAGCUUCCAUAUCACAAUCUUUACAAUUUAGGGAGUAAUUAUCCCUCUGUGGAUAAUUUUAACGUUCAUCAUUUUAUUUAUCAUGUUCAAAUUGAUUUAAAAUGGAUACAACCGGCAAAAUCUUCAAAAUUUGUUCGUUCUGCAUUAGCACAUUCACUGUGUUCAAUUUAUGGGAAAGAUAAAGCAUUGACCUUUUUUCGUGAUGAAAUUUUUUCAACUUUAAAUUUUUACAACAGAUAUUACAAAUGUGUGAUUGACCAGGAAAGUGUAAUUCACGUGAGCGAAUAUUUUAAAACUCAAAAUUUCGGCAGAGCCAUUGCUUUUGAACUUUUACCGGAUAAAAAAGUUGCUUCAUUUAUCUGUGACAUUCCAUACACACACAGAAGUUCAGUUCCAUUUUAUAAGAUUUCCAUUUUCCAACUUGAUUUGGGCUCGGCUGUUGUUUCGGAUUUAAUUAAAAGUGGUGGAAAAGAUGAAGUAUCCUUUAAUAGGAUUACAAAAGAAAUGUUAUUUGUCAAUAAUUUUCAAAGUUAUCGUCCUGGUGAUUCUUAUUUGUCUUUAAUUGGUACACACGUAGGAAAAAAUGAGUUAUUAGAAUGGGCCAAAAAUCGUGUGAAAAGUAUUGCUGAUACUGAAAUUAAUUGGAAUGUUUUUCGCUGUUUGUUCGAGGAAACUUGUGCAUUGGUUUAUUUCGGUCCAGGAUUUAAAAUUCGCUCAAUUGAAAGGGAUGAUUCUUCAGGCAAUUUCACAUUAUGUGUUUACUGUGACAAAAACAAAAAUGAUUCUUCAUUUUUAUCUAAUAUUGAAAAUUUUCUAAAUGAUUACUGUUUAACAAUUUUCGAGUAUGAACCACUCAUAUUUAUUUUUGAUGAUAAUCUUUAUAUUGUAUUGAAUUCUCAAAAAGAUUUUGAAAAUAUUCUUGUUCAGCUUACAAGGAGUAUUUUGAAGGGGGAAGGAUUUAAGGUAAUAAAAAAUGGAUUAUUUGAAUAUUUGUUGUCAAAAUCCUUGCAUGAAUCAAACAAAAAUAAUAUAUAUCCUGGAACAUGCACAAUUUGCUUAAAUUAUUACGAAGGAAAUAAUUGUAUUAAAUUAUCGCUUUGCGGGCAUUUUUACUGUGAUACAUGUCUUCUUCAAUUGAUCGAAAGUUCUACAACUUUUCCACUUCGAUGCGCUCAUCAACAUUGCCAAUUUUUAGCAAUUAAUGAUAUUCGAAAAGUAUUCGGAAGAAGAUUUACAAAAAUACAGGAUUUGAAAACUUUUAUUUUACCACUUCUUCAACGAUCUCUCUAUUCUUUUGUUAAUAAUAAUGAUGAAUUUGUUUGGUGCAAAACUACAGGAUGUCAUUAUUUAAUAAAAGUUAAUAUAACUUGCCAAACAAUUACUUGCCCAAAAUGUGGGUGGUUACGCUGUGGUGGUUGCGGAGAAGAUGUCCAUGAGGGAAAGAAUUGUGAAGAGGCUCGACAUGCGUUACUGCUUAAAGAUGAUCAUUUGCUGUUAAAAUGGAAAGAAGAAAUAUCAGAAAUGUGUCGUUUUUGUCCAAAUAAAAAUUGUAAUAUGCUUAUUGAAAGAACUAUUGAGGGUUGUAAUCACAUGGAGUGUACAAAUUGUAAAACUCAUUUUUGUUGGAUUUGUGAAAGUUUUAAGUCAGAUAAUUCUCGCGACAUUUAUCGACAUAUGUUGGAAAUUCAUGGAAGUUAUGGAGUAGAUUAUGCAAAUUUUAAUAUGGGAAAUUAUUGGGAACCUUUUGAUUACUAUGAGGAUGUUGAACAUCCAUUACCAAUUAUGACUCAGUGGAUGCGCAGAGAAGCAAUAUUUAGACAAGUAGGAACGGUAAAAAUUUUAAUUAAAUUUUCUUUAAAAAGAACAAAAUUUUCAGGAUUAUAUAGGAAUGGAAUUGGUUUAAAUUAA